AUGGCGUCUUCCUUUUCCUUCCGGCUGAACGCCUGGGGGGACGCUGCCCAGACGUCGUUUUUCCUGUCUUUCCUUCUGCUUUGCUUUGCCGUGCCAUGCCUCGUUUUACUCUUUGUGCCGCUUCUUCUCUCGCUUGUCUUCUGCCUUCUCCUUUUGCCCUCCCCGUCCAACUGCGUCGCCUUCUUCCAUCCGCAGUGCGACGCGGGAGCGGGCGGCGAGCGGGUGCUCUGGAGUCUGCUGCUUCACGAGUUGCGGAAAUGCAGCGAGCGGGGAGGACGCGCGAAGGAAAACACGGAGAAAGCAUCUUCAAACCAAGACCAGCGUGGUAGCAGAAACGUCGAGGGGGGGAACGGAGACCAAGUCUCGCGAGAAUGCUGCGGGCAACAGCCGGGGGUCCACUUGUGCGACGAUCCUGCAUGUCCGAGGCAGCGCUUUGUAGCGGUGUACGUACGCCACGACUCUCCAUGGCUUGGGACACUCAAACCAGUCGACCUCCCGGACCUACGACGCGGGUGCCAGGCGUCCGGCCGUUCCGUGGAUUCCUGGCUGCUCCGGCUCGAGCGUGCUGUCCUCUCUGCCUUCUCCGCCCUCGCGUCCCUCGUUUUCGGCGCACCCUUUGAGCGGCCUCGCGCCGGCUACGCUGUCACGGCAGGGAGUCGACCGUCUCGAGACAUUCUGGCCUCUUUUUCAAUUGAUCUGGACCCGUAUCUUUCCGCUCCAGGCCGGCCACCGCGGACUCCCGGUGGAGGGACAGCGCGGCCAGUGUCUCGACAGACUCAGGGUCCAAAGCCGCUUUCCCCUUCGCAUCACGUUGCCCCGGGGAAAUGCGGAGUCGCUUCUUCCUGUGGGACGGAGACCUCUCAAAAUAACGAUUGUUCUUCCCUCGCUUCUGAGUUUCCCCUGCCAUCUCCGUUGGUUCUUGUGCCGGUUCGGUCGUCCUCUUGGCUUCUUCCCUCAGGCUAUCCUUUCUGCUCACUCCUCUGCCAAGGCAUUGCCGGUGGCGUGUCGGCUUUCGAGGUUCUUCUUCUCGGCCUUAUUCCCACGUUUUUCGUCGACACUGUCGGCGUUCCUGCGUCGAGCUUCGUCGUCGCAGCAUUGCAGCGCUGGCAGGCGUUCUUGCUCAGAUGCAGGCGGUCGACGCUGAGCGGCUCGGCGACUCCAGGGAGUGCGGAGCCCGCGCGAGAUACCCGCCACAGACAAGGAAACGGUACAACACGUGGAGGGCCGGUCGCCCAGGCCGCGCAAACGAAGUGGAGGGAAGGCGCCGGCGUCGAGUGUAAAGGUCCGCGGCUCACCCGUUUACGAAUGUACGUCCACUACCCAUUCGUAAGGGCGUGCUUGCUCGAAGCAGCGAAGGGUGACUAUCACGGGGGACAGAAGCCACCGUCUGGUUUCACAAGCGCACCCGCUGCCCCGGAUCCGCCUGGUGAAGGACGAUGCAGGCCGGAAGGCGAUUCGGUUGCGACACGAAAGGAUACAGGCGGGAAAGAAGAGGCAUCGGCAGCCCGGUUCUCGUCGCUGCCCUGUCGGGUGUUUCGCCGGGUCGUGGCGAUGCUCCGGCUCGUGUAUUACCGCGCCCUAGCCUCGGCCUACGCGUGGUGUAUUCGGUUUGCCUUCGCCGGAAAUCAGAUGGGCCCCAACGCUUCCUUCGUGGAAACUUCAAAGCAAACAGGAGAGUCGACUGGCGGGGAAGGGUCGGCGGCAGGCCGCGAGGGCGUCGGCCAAGGCGAGGUCGACGAGGCCCCGAGCUUCUCGUGCUGCAACAGUUCCUGGACGCGACGGGAGAUCCUGAAGCUUUUGGACGUAACGCGUUCGAAGGCGCCCACACAGGACGGACAAGAGGCGGGCAGUCUGCAUGAGGCCUCAAAGUGGAGCGCGGAGCAUUUCCAAGUCCCGGUCACCUUCCCUCCGUGCCAGCCUCCUCACGUGGCAAAGUCUGUUGCGCCCUCCAAAAGCGUGGUGAAGACGCGUCCGCCGCGUAUCAUGUCAAUCGCGCAGUUUCGCCCAGAAAAACGCCAGACGUACCAAGUCCACAUUUUCAAAGAGAUGUUUCGGCUGUACGAACAUCUGCUCCCUCGCCAAACCCACUUUGUGAUUGCAGGGAUGGUGAAGACCAGCCGAGACGAGCGGAUGCUGGAAGAGAUCUGCGCUCUUGCGUAUCAGCAGUCCCAGCACGCGUCCGGAGAGGAACGCGCCGUGUCUUCAGAAGGAAACGGGAAGGCGACGCUCCCCGCAUCCGCGACGGAGGCAGAUGCCGACGCUGAGGCCGGCUGGCGCCAUCUGCCGUGGACAGGAAGACACCGAGGCAAUGGCGUCGAGGAGCGAGAGCAGCAAGCGUCCACGUCCUGCCGGGCGGCCCUGGAACGCCACGAUCCAAAGCAAAGCGCAUCCUCGCUCCUGUGGAGAGAAACUGUAAACCGCCGUGGCGGGGCGAUUCUCAUUAGUUCCUUGGGGUUUCGGUGGGUUCCGAGCUUUGCAGCCGCGGAAUCCGCCAUAAACGCGCAUCUCGCCGAGGUCGCCGUGAGGCGUCGAGACAAGAAGAGAGAGGAGACGGGCGGUGAAGCAAACCCGCGUGACGAGAGAGGUUCCUGGGGCGAUCGCAUUUUCGUCUUGGUGGAUGCAGCGUUCCAGAUUCUUGACGAGAUGGCGCAGUCGGCAACAGUCGGGCUCCACACGAUGGAAGAAGAGCACUUUGGCAUCGCCCUCGUCCAGCUUCUUUGCGCUGGCUGCUGCGUCGUCGCGCACAACAGCGGAGGUCCGCGAGACGACAUUCUGGCGGCGAGGGGCGAGUCUCUGUGUCGGCGGGUGACUGGAGAGAGUGCAGCUGCCGCUGGAGACCCGCCCUCGCCGCACGCUGUCGCGCUCUCGUGUCGGGUGGACUAUGGAUUUCUCUGUUGGAACGUAGCUGAGUUCGCUGCCACCGUAGCUGCCGUUCUUUCACAGGGCGCGCCCACACGCACACAGUCGAGCACAGCGCUGACCGCCUCGGGCGCCGAGGCGGUCAGCGCUGCCACUGCACUGGAGGACGAGGCAGCGCGCGACGACGCAGCGAUUUCAAAAGACCUGUGGUCGCCGGAAAGGUCCAGACGCGCGGUAGAAAUCCUGCGGCUGACGAGAGCCGGUCGCAGCGGCGCCCCGCGAAAGCGCCACGGCAGUCAUGCGUUUCUGCUGUCUCGACACCCGCCGCUGAGCAAGGAGUGUCGGAGCGAGAGUGGAGAGGCGGCAGACUCUCUCACGAGACUCGCCACCACGAGCCUCUUCGCUCGGGCUCUUUACCCAGGCAUGGAUUUUGACGACGAAGAGGAAGAGGGGAACGCCGAAGGCGAAGGAGACAGACAGGCGAAACGGCGGGAGGAAGAUGCAGGGGAGGAAGGCGAGGUCACCGUGGAAGCGGCGAUAUGGGGAAAAGACGAGGGCGGGUGCACGCAGGCGCCCAGGACUCAAGAAUCGGAUUCCUUUUCUUCGGCUUCUGCACGAACUCGCACGCAGCAACGAGAGACCGCUUCGAACCUCCCGUUCCACCGCUAUCUGAGUGCGCGUUUGGAGGCCUCUCGCUACGUCGAUCAAGUCCUGCGGCUGGUGUCUCGACACCGGACGCGGAUGGACGAUGUCCACGGAGCGAUCGCCCUUCGGAGCUUAGCUCGGAUCCUGGCCGCAAAGGAGGCGGAAGAAACCAGAAAAAAAACGACGCCGAGACGGCCUGCCUCCUGGCGGCGAAGUCGACGGACUGCUGUCUCUGACGAGGGAUCGACGGGGGAAUAUCCAGGUCGGGAGACAGGAACAGAAACCGAAGGAGACUCGACCUCCGCAUGGGCACAGCUGGUCACCAACGAAGUUUUCCUCCGCCUUCUGCAAGACCUCGCUCUCACAGUGCAGCUUCGCGGCUUCUCGCGAACAGUCGAUCUCGCCUUUGUCCCGUGGGCUCUGGCGAGGCUCCGACUCCAUUUGCUCCCGAGCCUCCAGCCGCUUCUUCUUCAGAUCUUUCGCGCGGUCGACAUCCACACAGACGAGCCUUCGGCCGCGCCUGCAGGCGAGUCCGGAGCAUUCUCUAAUGUCGAUCCCGACGGUCGGAGACAGGCCGCAGUCUCCCCGCACAGCUCGCCCGCCGCUCUCGCGUCUCGCCGAGCCGCCGGCGCAGCCGCUGAGGCUCCUUGCGCGACGGACCAGGCGGCGCGCCACCUCAGAAGGAAGGGAACUCCCGAGGGGUCCGGGAAGCGGCGAAGGCCCACGCGACACGGGAGCUCGCUUGGCCAGCUGAAGCCGGCUGGCCUCACGACACUCGCCUGGAGUACCAGCAAGUGCAAGUACACGAAUCCAACAUUCUGGAAAGAGAAGGUGGUUCCUCUUCUCCGGGACCGCGCUGCCCUCUUCUCGGCCAAGGAACUGUCGAUCUGUCUGUACGCCCUGGCGAACGUCGGUCUCCGGCCGAAAGGCAACUUGUCGCUUUCUCUCUCUGGGGAAGAGGCUGAGACGUCCACUGCCUCUGACGGCGCCGGUCCGUUAGAGGCGCCGGGCGCCUUCUCUGCGCUGUUUCGUUUCUCCGAUAGCUGGGGGGAGGCGCGCGACGCCGCCUUGCGCGCGCGGGAAGCAAAGCGCUCGACGCUUGGCGAGCGAUUCAGCCUUCAGGGCGAGAGGAAGGACGAGCGGGUCUCGUCUGUGGGCGACGCAGAGGCGCUGCGGCCUCGGUCCGGUCGGGGCCUUACAAGGGGCGGAGACAGGGACGCGGUCUCUGAGGCCGUCCAGGCGCUCGGGCGCGCAUGCGUCGACAAGCUGCAAGACAUGGCCGGGCAGAGCCUCAGUAGCGUCGCGUGGGCCUUCGCCAAAUGGCGUCUCCCCCACGCGCCGCUCUUCGAGGGUAUCGGCUCCGAGAUCCGCCGGCGCGCCCACACGUUCGAUGCUCAACUCGAGGAGGAAUCCCUGGAGGGCUACAGGCGGCAGGAUUUGGUCCUGAUCCUGUGGAGCGCCACUCGCGUCCAAGGCAGCCGAGCAGUCGACCUUGCGCGGCGCGUCUUCAGCGAACUGCGACGAACCAAGGACACGAAGGCCUUCCGCGCAGUCGACGUCGCCAUGCUUCUCCACGCCUCGAGCAUCACAGGCGUCACCGACGUCGAUCUGUUGGAGCAUCACCUGCGUCUCGUCCCCGUGCUUCUGGCCCGAGGGCAAUGCUCGCUCGCGGAACUGGUGUGGAUCACAGCUAGUCUUGCGCACUUGGGCGCCGCCGACGCGACCUUUCUCACAGACGCCGCCGCGCACCUCGAAAAAAGGAAAUCCUGGGACGAAGCGUCCCUCGGCCACCUCGCGUCCUUUCUCUUCUUCAGUGUCCACCUCGCUCCCACGCUCCAUCGCUCUUCGCCGGCAAUUCGGCGGCUCCUCGAGCUUGCUCGUGCUGCCUUGUUCUCUCCCGCGGGCGUCGCCUCCUCCGCUCUUUCCCCCUCCUCCCCUCUUUCCCCCUCCUCCGCGGCUCUAUCUCCCUCCUCUGAACCGUUCCCCACUUCCCCCUCGGCCGCUUCUCUUCAGCCUCCUUCUGCGCCGUUGCCGAUUUUCCAACUCGCUCAGCAGCCGCAACGCACAGCGGUGCUCGCAGAGACGCACUCCGCAUCCGCUCGAGCGUCAGCAGACCCUGCCGGCGCGCUCCGUUCUCUGGCCUCUCCUGCGCCGGCUCUCGUGGGCGACGUGCGCUUUGCCGCAGCGCCGCCCCGCGUCUCUGUGAAGCCGAGCGCAUUCGUGAACGGCGUCGGAGCGCUCGUGCGAAGCGGCAUGGUCAGUGGCAGGGAUGACGCCGUCGUCGCGACGCUUCUCCGCUUUAUCGACGCGCACGCUGAAGACCUCGACGGCGUAGACUGGGCCAAGCUGCACGACGCAGGAGAAAAACUUGGUCUCGGACGAAGGGAGCAAUGGCGGCGCAUUCUCGCAGAGCUACCCGUGAAGCUGCAGCGUCGGGCCAUGCGGGGCGAAGCAGGCGGCCCUCCGAGAGAGACGCUUUCCUUUGCGGCGGAAGCGACGAAGCCCGAACAAGACGCCGACCGGGACGGGGCAUUCGAGAUCGUUGACGAAGAAACACUCGAGCAGUUCGCACAGGAGCACGUAGACGACUCAGACGACGACUGGGGAGACAUCGAAGUGGAUCUUGGAGCGCCCAAGACAGUCCGCAGACUAGUCAGCGGGAUCCCAGAAGGCGUCGAUCCGGCCGAUGUCAUCAGUGAAGACGAGCUCUACGCUUUGCUGUCGAGCAAAACCUCCCGGGCAUCUGUCGACACAGCUAGGCACGCCUUCGACUACAGAAAGCCAGACUCUCUUGUUGGAACGCCGCCAACGAAGUGA